ACCAAACGGUGGCGGUGUCAGUCAUCAGAGACAGGCACCUCGUGGACAGGAGAGGGUCCGGGAUUUCCGGAUGCACACAAUCACAUUAGAUGCCGCGACCUUGUUCAAAGGGCUCAGAGGGCUGACGCACCGUGCGCCCGUGCCAUUGGUGGUGGUCCCCUGCCAUGCCCGUACACACUCCGGCGGCGGAGGUCCACGCUUCUACGUCACCGUGACUGCUAUGACGCAGAGUCGAGUGAUUCUUCCUAUCUCUGUGGAAGAGUACCAGGUUGGACAGCUGUACUCUGUGGCUGAGGCCAGUAAGAAUGAGACUGGUGGAGGAGAAGGAGUGGAGGUUUUAAAAAAUGAGCCCUACGAGAAAGACGGAGAGAAGGGACAGUACACACACAAAAUUUACCAUUUGCAGAGUAAAGUGCCAUCAUUCGUCAGAAUGUUGGCUCCAGCUUCAGCUCUCAACAUCCACGAGAAAGCCUGGAACGCAUACCCAUACUGUCGCACAGUUAUCACUAACGAGUAUAUGAAAGAUAACUUCCUGAUCAAGAUUGAGACAUGGCACAAACCUGACAUGGGACACCUUGAAAAUGUACACGGUUUGGAUGCAGAAACCUGGAAAAAGGUGGAUGUAGUCUAUAUUGAUAUUGCAGACAGAAGCCAAGUGGAGCCGAAGGACUAUAAGCCAGAGGAGGACCCUUGCAGGUUCAAGUCAGUGAAGACAGGACGAGGCCCUCUAGGUCCAGACUGGAAGAAGGACCUUCCAAACAGGACAGACUGCCCACACAUGUGUGCCUACAAACUUGUUACUGUCAAAUUCAAGUGGUGGGGCCUGCAAAAUAAAGUGGAGAACUUCAUUCAGAAGCAAGAGAAGCGUUUGUUCACUAAUUUCCACCGUCAGCUGUUCUGCUGGAUCGACAAGUGGAUUGAAUUGAACAUGGAGGACAUCCGUCGCAUGGAGGAGGAGACGCGCAGGGAGCUCGAUGAGAUGCGAGUGAAGGACCCCGUGAAAGGGAUGGUGGCUCUAGAGGACUGAGGUUGUGUCAGACUGUGAAUGCUGCUGCUCAUCAGACCAGAAUACCCAGACACCAGCGGAUUCACAUCCUCCUUCUAUUCCAACUGAUAAAAUAACCUGACCGGCCGGUCCAAGCUCCUCCUCCCCUGGUACAAUCUGGUUUUCAGGGACCUGGACCCAGUAAUCUCCCAGUUUUUCAGACGAUCUCCUCCACCCCAUCCCACCUCCCUUGAGUCCCAUCCGUCUCUGUUUGUUUUUUCCUUCUAGUUUCCCCGUCUUCUUAACUGCUCUGAGGCCUCCAGUAGCAACAUUAUAGAUCUUGUCAGUCAGUCCUCUCUUUCUUUCUCGCAGUCUCUAAACUGUUCUAAACGACAGAGAAUAGUGUCAUUUAUCUCUGCAAUUUAGAAUUGAUUUCUAUUUAAGAUAUCCCAAUGUGUACAGUAUAUAUACAGUAAACAGUAUAUCGGGGAGCUGAUUAAUUGUAUUGAAAUAUAAAUAUAUA